CGGGCACACUCACACACUCAGCGUCCAUCUCGCAGACACAAGCUGACACCCCCUAUUCAGAGGAUCAUUAACGCCGAGUGUCGCCCCCUUCAGACAGCGAUGAGAACGGCCCGUCUGUGCGCUCGCCCCGUAGCUAUGGAUCCAGAGACUCAAUUCUAAGCCACAGAGAAGAAAGAAGGAAGAAGAGGAAGGAGAGAGAGAAAGAGAGCUGUGCCCCAGAGCGCACCAGCACCGGCAGCAGCAAGGGGCGCGUGAGUUUGGGCCUGCACGGAGUGACCAUGCGCUGCUCCACCCUCCUGGCCAUUCUGAUAGCGGUGCUGCUGUACCUGGUUCUGGGGGCGCUGGUUUUUCGGACCCUGGAGGCACCCAGAGAGGAGGGACAGCACAACCAGCUGCAAAGCUACCGUAUAUCCUUCCUGGAGAACUAUUCCUGCGUCAGCUCUGAGACCCUACAGACCCUCAUAGAGGAGGUGGCAGAUGCAGUCGGAGCCGGUGUCGACCCCAGCAGUAACUCCACCACCUUCACCAGCAAAUGGGACCUAGCCAGUGCCUUCUUCUUCUCUGGCACCAUCAUCACAACCAUUGGCUAUGGCAACAUUUCCCCAAAGACGGAAUGGGGCCAGCUGUUCUGUAUCUUCUACGCACUAGUGGGGAUCCCCAUGUUUGGGUUCCUUCUUGCCGGUGUGGGGGACCACCUGGGGACUGGGUUAAGGAAGACAAUUCUGAGGAUCGAGAACCUGUUCCUGAAAUGGAAGGUCAGUCCCACCAUAGUGCGGGUCAUCUCGGCUGUCCUCUCCAUCCUGCUGGGCUGCGUGCUCUUUGUCGCCGUGCCGAUCCUGGUCUUUCAGGAGGUGGAGCAGUGGUCUCUGCUGCAGUCUGCUUACUUCGUGGUGAUCACCCUCACCACUGUGGGCUUCGGGGACUUUGUGGCAGGUGAUGGAGAUGACAGUGGUAAGGAUCACUGGUACAAACCCCUGGUGUGGUUCUGGAUCCUUCUGGGCCUGGCGUAUUUUGCCUCCAUCCUCACCAUGAUCGGGAAUUGGCUCCGGGUGCUCUCCAAGAAAACCCGUGCUGAGAUGGAAGAGCUCAGAGCUCACGCCACCGACUGGACCCAGAACAUUCAGAACAUGUCCGUCGACUUCCGCAUCCCCAACAAGCUGGAGGACCCCUUCCACCACCGCCGCCGGAAGCGCCGGCGUGGGCCUCACAGUCACAGCCACAGCCAGGGGGCGGGGCAGAGCAGGGCCAAUGGGAGCGCAGGGAAGGGAGGGCAGGUCAUGGAGAACGGGCGCCUGCCCAACCAGCAGUCCGAAACCUCGUCGUCUUACUCUUACUCCUCGGACGGGUCGGAUUCGGAGUCUGGCUCAGAGGCGACCGAAACGGAGCGGGUAGGCGAAGGAGGGCCGGAGAAGGAUGCGGGUGAAGCGCCAAUGUCCCCCGAGUCCGUCCCUGACCCCCACAGCUCCCAGCCCCUGGAUUAUUUCGGAGAGAACCUGGCCUACAUUGAUGAGUCUUCAGAUGCGAUGAGCGGGAGACUGAGAACAGAAUCCGUCCUGGAUCCAGACCAUCCGGAUUAUACUCGUCCACGCAAGCCCAAGAGGAGACACCCCAGACGACCGCUCAUCGAGAGAAAUCACAGAACCAUCCCAACCAACAGCAGGCCAGAGAGGAACGAGCCCAAUGGUGACAUCCAGCCACCGCCAAACCCUCCACCCCCUCCUCCCCAGCCUCCACACAGAGGCUGAAGACUGACAGCAAAUGCUCAUGGGAAAUAUGGUGCAAAGACAGUCUGCUGCCCACUGACCUGUGUGUGUGCACACGUUUGUGUGUGUGCAUGCUAGUGUGUGUUUGAAUGUGUGUAUGUGUGUGCACGUGUGUAACUCUGUUGCCUUCCUGUCCGGAGAAAUGUAUCAUGAGGUACAUCCCUACCAGAGAAAGUUUCGCAGAACAGCCCUGCAGAGUGGCAGUUUGUUACUGCCCCCUGCUGGAACUGAAGUGGUAAGGACAGCAAAGACACAAUGAACUUGGUGGAUCCCACACCAUUUACCAAUGUGGGCUGCAUGUCUGGCUAAAAUAAAUGUGUCAUGUGGUCCUCCACAUCUCUUUCUGCACAUCCAUGAAAGUGUUUUGUUACUUCUAUUGAGAUGUGACACAGAAGUUAUGCUCAUACUGUUCAAGCAAGGUUGCUUCUGUCUUCUCUGGAAAAUGAUUGGUUUUUUCUCUUUUAUACUGUGUUGGGCUACCCCUCCCCCUUGCAUGGCAAAUGGGCUGAUCCUUUGUGCACAGAUAAAAAGCCAUAGGUGUAAUUGUUUGAGGGGGUGGUUUGUAUGCUAUGAUGGGC